AUGGAGAAUGACAGUGAACCCGAGCAGAGUUGCUGGGCUUAUUUGCCCAACGUCUGCCUGAGCCAUGUCUUCUGGUGGCUAGAUGACAGGGACAGAUCUCGGGCUGCUUUAGUCUGUAAGAGAUGGAAUCAAGCCAUGUACUCAGGCUUUCUCUGGAGAACCAGAACAAUCACCUUCAGUGGACGGCCAUCUAGGUCAAACAUAUCCGAGUUUGAAUCCGCUCUGUGGUACGUCAAGAGAUUCGGCAAGUACUUGGAACACCUAGAGAUCAAGUUCCUGAAUCCUUACAAUGCUGUCUUGACCCGAAAAUUUCAAGUGACUAUGAGGGGGCUUCUCUCGCGCUUGGGCAAAUGUAACAGCCGUCUGGUAUCCCUGACUAUUCAGCACCUGGAGUUGGACCGAUUGGUCUGGAGAAACAUAAUUAGGAACCAGUUUAUCAAGAACUUAAUUAUUUUCCUGAAAAGAAUGGGCAUACAUCUUGUUCAUCUCAGCUUGAAAGGAGCAAGAGUGACGCUGGAAGAAGGCUGUGAGCUUUUGAGCUCUUUGAGCUACUUGAAAAACAAAAGUUUUGCCUCUGAAAUCAACAUAGAAGACUUCUUCAGCCACUAUCUUUCUAUCUACAGCAGCCCCUUGUUCCAUCAGACUAUGUCCACGUUCCGCAACCUGGUCAUCCUGACUCUCAAUUACAACUGCAUCUCCGAUGAAUUGCUGGAAAUCCUGUGCGAGCACAACGCCCAUUCUCUCUGGACAAUAAACAUCAAGUGCCACAUCCAUGACCCUCACGGGCAGGUGGUUUGGGGGAUGUCCUGGGCCAACCUAGCCAAGAGAGCACCCAAACUGAAAGUGAACUUCUUCUUUGAAAGAGUCAUGAAGCACGACAGUCUAGCCAGGAUACUCUUAGCAGAGAUCCCACUCAGGAGCAUCAGUCUACGGAGCUGCUAUUUCAGUGACCCAGACUGGUCGAUGAGGCCGACCCUCACCAAUCUCUUACCAGCCUACAAACACAUUCUGCAGAAAUUAACGCUCGAAUUCAACAACAGCCACGAAUCACUGGAUGAGGAGCUGCUGCAGCUUGUGUUAUCAUGCAAGAAACUGUUCUUCCUAAAAAUCUGGGCCUUCCUCCGUGUCGCAUUUGUGGAGAGGCUGUUACAAAAUCAAGCAGAAGGGAAAUGCACCUUGAGGACCAUGAAGGUGAGGAUUUACACAAAUCGGUACGAAACCAUUGAAGAAGAUCGAAUGUUGCGAGAUAUUUUCAGGAGAUACCGAGACCUGAUUGACUCAGAGCUUAAUUAUUUUGUCAUCGCCUACCCGAUGAUGUGAGAGGCAUGCGAUCUGUGAGGUGAAAGAAUAAAAAAAAAAAAUAAUAAUAAUAAUAAAAAAAAAACCCAGUCACAUCUGGAAAUGCCUGAAUUCAUCCUUUGGAGGAAGUCUAAAGGGGAUCUGAAUGUCAUUAGCAGUGUUCCUGAAAGGUAAAGUCAAGUAAAACUCAAACACGAGGCAGUGUGG